AUGAAACACAUCAAGAACAUCAAGACGCUGACGGAGACGCAAAACGCGCAGCUUCAUCGCAAGAUGGACGUAGGGGAUCGAGCCGGAUUCUUGAAGGAGACGGACGCGCUAGCAGCAGCAGCGAAUGGUAGUCGCGCAGAAAGAAAUAGCGCGACGCAAGAAGAGCGAAAAGCGAUGUAUGCAAGCGGCGCAUGGAACAAGCGGUGUGUCAAAACUAGCAGAAGCGGCUGCUUGACAGAUUAA